CCAACUCAUCAUCCCCCUUAAUUUAUUGCUCGCUCGCAGAAAGAGGCUGCCGCUCGCGUUUGCGCCCCUGAUGAACGGACUGGUCUGCUGCCGCGGCUUCUGUUCUUUGGGACCUGAACAAGUUUCGAUCAGAUCCACUCACGACUCGACACGACUCACUCACGACUGCGAAUGCCUGCGAAAGGCGCGGUGGAUGGCCGACGUCCGCCGCAGCCUUGCAGCCGGACAGCAUGCAGUCACAGUCGGACCAACGGCUUGACAAUCUGAAUGUAGCAAAGCUGCGUUUGUUCGAGUGCAUCGAAGCCGUGCACCAGUCUUGAUCACAAUGUGAUGUCUAUUGCGUAGCCUCUAUCCGCGGUCGCCUUCUUUACAGGAGAAUGUGUUAUACGUCUUCAGCACACAAUCACCACCACCACCAACCAUAUCCUGAUAGCCCUCGCAAGCGCGCAAGCCAAUCACGCGCCUCUUGACUCUUGCCGCGAAAUUGCUGUACCCAUCAUGUCGAAGCCAGCACCCAUCUCCACCGACGCAGCCAACGCUGGCAAUGGCACAUCGCCCAGCAGCUCCGUGCCCACUUCUCCCAGCACCACGCGCAAGCUGGGCAAUGCGCUUGCCAGCAUGGGCAUCGGCACAAAGAAGCAGAGCGCCGAUGGCUUGACCACUCCCACUCACGAGAUUGCUCAAACCCCUGCGUUGGAGAGCGGCAACCCGUUCGACAAGCACGAGAUCCCAACAGAGGCUAGACAACAGCUCGUCGUUGGUAAAGUGGGAGAGGCUGUCCACGAGGAAAACUCCAAGAUCUUGUUGGCGCUGGAUGGAACGGAUGCGGGUGACAAGGCUUUCAACUACGUUCUCAAUAGCAAGGUCCUGGCCAAGGAUGCCCACAUCUUCAUCGCCACUAUUCUCCCAGCCAAUGUCCUUUCGGGUCCCUGGGUGUCUGGUCCCUUGUCCAUCGACACGAAGCGUCAGAAUGAGCUCUUGAAGCAGCUCAGAGUGCAAGCUUUGGCCAAACUGCAGCCAUACAAGGAGAAGCUCAAGGCUGCUGGCUACGAGGCUACUCUGCACAUUCUGCACGGCGAUGCCCGUCAAUCCCUCGUCAGGGUCGCCCAACAUCACAAGGUCGAUCUCGUCAUUGCUGGAAAGCGAACAGCGAAAAAAGGUCUCAACUUUUCCACCGGCACCAUCUCCUCCCACUUGGUGAACCACGCGCCGUCUCCCGUGCUCGUGAUCAAGUAAAACAAGGAUCUCCGCUCGCGCGCACUUAGAUCCGUCAUCCCAUGAUGAAGAGUGUAUUCACGACUAUCUGAAAUUAUUCACAGGUAUUAAUGAUGAGAAAACCGACACGACGUAGCGUCUACGCGAUGGCACGCGGUUGUACGCGAUUUGAGCAGGUUUGUGAACAUCCUCGAUGGAGCGGAGCGAGCGCCGAGCGCUGCAAACAGCGCUCAGUAUACUAUCCAAUGCGACAGCUUUCCAGACCAUCAUGUCCGAGAUGGAAUAGCAGCACUGAUUUAGAUCU